CCUUCUUCGAUGGGCCGGAAUUUCACAACGGGCAGCCCGAGGACGAACAAUGGGAUUUAAGGUUGUUUACUUAUCAAACGCUCCAGCUAACGUCCCUGGAUAUCUGAAUUACAUCACUUUCAGGAUAACCCCUUUCGGAUUGAUUGAUUGCAAGUGGAAAUAAUCAAUGGUGAGGUGAGAAUGAUGUGUUGGAGCGCUUUGAUGUUAGAGAGGGGUUUCAGAUUCGUGAUUCGUGGCGACUUUUGGAGAGGGUGAUGGGAGGGAGAUUGUUAUGGUGAGAUGGAGCUGUUGGGUAGGUCUUUCGGAAGUACUUGUUGGUUACUGUACUUCUCUGUUCUUUUUCAUCUGAAGAAAUACAUUAGUUUUCAACCUUCAUCGCCUCAUCUAUCAUACCUGUCUAGGUAUAUGCAAUAUAGGUACACUCUAUGACCCACCACACCUUUUCAACAUCUUCAACCCCUCCACUCGAUCUCGAUCUCCAAUCCCAAAAUCAGCAAAAGCUAGAAGACACAAACAUCAUGGUCCGAACACUCUUCUUCUUCAGCGCCGUAGCUACUCUCCUCCACGCAACCCACGCCGGCGAAAUCCAAGAUUCCAAAGGCGUAGUCCUCGUUCCCCAUGCAAGUCGAGGAGAACUAGAUAUCGAUGUCGAUCUCCGCGCAGAGAUGGAUGCCGAAUUCGCGAAUUUGCAACUCAGAGCUCCACCGACGAAUUUCCAGGUAGUUUUUUCUCUCCAUCCCUCCCAUCCGAUACUCCUUAGGAAGGGUUAGUUAUAAGGAGUAGAGGUGCUAAUGAGGAAAUCAGGUCUUCACCCAAUCCCUAGGCGGUCCCCUCCCCGAAGCCAUAACCGCCACCUCCGACCCCCAACGUUCCUUCCAGGUCAAUGGAGAGACGUUCACCUCCCUCGGCGACGCGGUGCAGAGGUCUUGCGCGAUACAGAAUGAUCUCUGUUCCAAGGCGGCGAAUGCGAAACCGCCGAAUCAGAACCAGAAUGGAAAUGGAAAUCAGAAUCAGAAUAAAGAAGCGAAACCAAGUCAGGGUAGUGGGGGAGCAAAAGCAAAUGGACAACAAGGCGCGAAGGCCGAGGGAGGAACCGAUGAAUUGACCGUCUCGAAUUGUGAGAAGCAGCAGGGGGCUUGUCGGGAUGCGAAUAAGCAGCUUGUUGAGAUGAGGUUGGAUGAGCAGUCUUCUACGACGGAGCAGUUGGUUUUUUGUUAGGGGGGUAAGGUGGGAUGGGUGUUUUUGGUUUUGGUUGGGUUGGGUUGGGCGUUUCCGGGAGGGAUUGGAUUACGAAUCGGGUUCGAUGGCUUGGGAUGGGGUCGUGGGUAUAUGUUUUUGAAGGGAACGGAAAGCCACGGCUGGAAUCGUGGGGAUAACGGAUUGUGGACUUGGGGUUGUAUAUAAGAUGAGGGGAUAAUGAAGUUGUUAUGAUAUCUGUGGGGCAUGUGGAGUUAGAGAUAUGUAUGAUUGAGAGUUUGGGUUUAAUGGCGCGAGACUAGACGCCAGUAGUCAGCCAGUCUCCCUGGUGGUCUUAGUGGGAUGGAAAGUUGGUUUUCCUCGAGUCUAGCGAGAUGGAAGCUAGACGAGUAAGAACACGAUUAUGUUAUUGAGAUUAUUCCGAACUCUGUUU